GUGAAUAACUCCUCCCUGACCUCCCAACACCAAACCCUGUUUCUUCAGUCGCCAUGGCGGCUUCCUACUAUCACAUACCUCCGCCCUCCCACUACGCCUACUCCCAAGCUCCACCGCCGGUGACGCCGCAGCAUCCGCCGCCGUCCCUACCCCCUCCCCAUGCCCUCCCUCCGUUCGACCAAUCCCAACCACACAUUCACCACCAGCAACCUUCUUUCGCCCCUCACUACUCGCUUCCCCCGCCGCCUUACUCCUCCCGCGACGACGAGGUCCGGACUCUCUUCAUCGCUGGGUUGCCGGACGACACCAAGACUCGUGAGAUCUAUAAUCUCUUCCGCGAGUUCCCUGGGUUCCAGAACUGCCAACUCAAGAGCUCUGGACCAUCUUCCCAGGCAUAUGGAUUUGUUGUGUUCACUGACCAACAGUCUGCUGUCGCUGCAAUGCAUACACUAAAUGGAAUGGUUUUUGACCUUGAGAAGGAAUCAACCUUAUUCAUUGAGCUUGCCAAAUCCAACUCUAGGCCAAAACGCUCACGGGCAGAUGAUGGAGUUUCUUUCUCUUCUGAUAAAAGAGUUAGAGGUUCUACUGCAUAUUCAAGUGGCUUUCCAGAUUCAGGUGUUCGAAGCAAUACACACAUGACUGGAAUUGCUAAUUCUGCUUACAACAUGAAUGGUUAUCCUUCUACACAAAGUUACAGCCAUACAAGCUCUGGUCAUGAUUCUGCAUAUUAUAAAGAUCCUAGCAAGUUGUUGAGUAAUUCUUCAACUUUUGCUCCUCAGAGUAAUGAUCCCUGUCCAACUCUUUUUGUUGCCAACCUUAGUCCAACUUGUACAGAAAAAGAGCUGAGUCAAGUCUUCUCGAGAUGCCCGGGUUUUCUAAAAUUAAAGAUGCAAAACAAAAAUGGAGUGCCUGUUGCAUUUGUUGACUUUCAGGAUGUGGAAUGUUCGACUGGAGCACUAAAUUAUCUACAAGGAACUCAUUUUUAUUCAUCAGUUGGGGAUGGCAUGCGUUUGGAAUAUGCAAGAUCACGAAUGGGCCUUCGGAAACGAGAAAGAAAAGCAUAGCUUUAACCGAUGCUUGGAUUGCUCAUUUGCCUGAACUUCUAUGUGUAAAUUGUUUUGCAUCUGCCCAGGGAAUGAAUUUAUCACCAAGAGUAACUUGAUUUUAAGCAUCUUUAAAUCUGUCAGUCACAACAGAAACAGACUUGUCUGUUAACUUCAUCCAUCAGUUUGCGUGACUGAUUUCGUGUCCUUCGUUUUGUGCAGUUUUAUCUUGAAACUUGUCGGAGACGCGUUUUAUGUAUGUAGUACAAUGAAAUAUAAGGACUUAAUUAUAUAUAUUUUAUGCAAAUGCAGGAUAUUUUUUAGGUGUAUUAGGGAAUAUCCUGCUCUGUAGGGCUUUUGUUUUAGCAGCCAGCAAGCAAGACUUGCCUGAACUGGAUAGAAGUUCAAAAUGGAAGUUGUGGUUUCAAAGUUAAUAUUGAACUGUAAAUUGUGAUCUUUA